CAGGUCAGGGUCAGACUUCGCAAGAAAAAUGCAGAAAAGCCAGGCCCUUUCUCGAAAGUCUCGCUUUGAAGCGGCCUUGAAAGGGGAGGACACGCAGGAGAUUGAGGAGGCACUCGCAGACCUAGAGGGAGAGCCUUCUUAUUUCGAAGACAAGGAAAAAGCUGAUCUCCGCAUCCAGGAACUUGAGGAGUUCCUUGAGAGGAAGCUGGAGAGAGCGACCCAGGGCGAGUUGGUCAAGGGAGCCAACCUCAUCAGCCAAUGGAGGAAACAUGAAGAAAGGAGGUCGCUUGAACGGGUCAUGCAAUCGCGAGCAAACCGACAAGUGAUGCCAGCCAUAGGCCAGCCAUAGGCCACAGGCCAAAUUCACUGGGGGCAAGGGAAGGGGGGCAGGAUCCCACAGGACCAAAAGUCCAUGUCAUGUCUCUUGGAGGCCCCGUGGGAUCCUGACAAUUUGUUGCUGGAUGCAACACAGGGGUGAUGUGGCGAUGGCAUCCAAAACGAUGACAUGGGGAAGGUGAA